CCCAGUCUGUGUUGUUUCCCUUCACCCUUGCAAAUCGGCUGUCCGCCGCCGGCUGCUCCUCCCGUGCGUGUGCAGCUUUGCCAUCCGCGCGCAAAUCUGAAAAACAGCAGGAGCCUAUCGGGUUGCCGAUGGCUGCCGCGGCGGCGCAGGACGCCCACGAGCAGCUGCUACACCUGAAGCUCGCGUUCCUCGCCGGGGAGCCGCCCGCCUGCGUCCUCGCUCUCGCCAGGAAAGCUGGGGGAGGUUCUGUCACACCAGACGUUCAAAAUUUUCUUUUGGAGAGUUGCAUUGGAAAUAAAGCAGAUGGACGUCAAAACUGUACUUAUGCAACAACUAUUCUUAAAAAGAUUAUAGCUGAGGUUGAAUUAUCGUCGAGUGUUGUUAUUGAUGGACUUUAUGAGGAAUUUGUAGAGCGGAUGUUAUCAAAAGCAAAAGAUUCUUUGCUAAAUAGGGCAGAUCAUAUCUAUAAAGAUAUAUCUUUUCUUUCUUCUACACAUGAUAAUAAUUCCCCAAGGUUACUAAGUGUGGUUGCUCGAUUAUCAUGCUCUUCUAAUAUGCUUGAAGGUGAUACAGGGUGCUCUCUUUGGCCAGCAAGUCUAUUCUUGUCUGAGUUUAUUCUUUCAUACCCAAAAGUUUUCUCCAAAAAAUGUUGCUUUGAGCUAGGUUCUGGUGUUGGUUUGGUCGGUGUUUGUCUUAACUAUGUCGGUGCCUCUAAGGUUAUUCUUACUGAUGGUGAUGCAUCUACACUAACAAACAUGAAGGCAAACAUGGAACUGAAUAACUUAUGCAUUGAGCAGGAAGAUUCUACAAUAUUAAAAGAAAGCACGAAUAAGGUAGAGUGCAAAUAUCUUUCUUGGGAAGAAGUGUCUGAAAGAGAUUUGUGGGGCUACCAGCUAGACAUAGUUCUUGGCGCAGAUAUCAUUUAUGAUCCAGUCUGUGUGCCACACCUUGUUCGAGUACUCUCAAUGCUGUUAAGAAGAGACGGUAAACAUGGGAAAACCAACGCGAAAACUGGUGAUGAAUUUGUAACAGAAGCUCCGGUCGCCUACAUUGCCACAGUUGUUCGAAACGUGGACACUUUCAAUUGCUUUGCCAAAGCAGCUGCUGAUGCCAAGUUGUCCAUUGUGAAUGUUACAAGCAGUGCGGCUCCUUCAAAUUUUCUCCCUUACAUGCUGUCAUAUGACAGAUCAAGUGUACAACUUCUUAAAAUUUCAUUAUUGUCAUAGAACAUUGACAAAGUUCAUAUACUCUUUUGAAGUAUUCAUCACUGGACUCUCAUCGUGAGGACAUCAAUCA